AUGGCAUCCGGGGACACCGAUGGGACUGGUGAGACACUGAAAAACCCUAUCAUGCCUAUGAUGUCGUUGGAACCAGUUAUCACUCCCAUUUUCACACCAGUUUCUGGUGAAACACCACAACAAGGCGGCUCAACGAUGACCACUGCUACAAAGAACGAAUUACGGAAGAUCGACUGCCGAAGGACCAAUGUCCUCCGCCGUCGUGUUCGCACAACGGGCCCCCACACAAACACAACAACUGACGGUGAUCUCAGGUAG